GCGAUCCCCGCACAUGGCGAUAACGAUGGCGGGUCAUCGGGGAUCUUUAAAGCUGCGCUUCCUCCUUCUCCUCCUGCAUGGAUGCCCUAUCCUGAUGUAUAUGACUUGUCACCCUUUCAUCUGCGGGGACCCUUCUGUCUUGCUCCUCGGUCCUUUCCUGUGAUCCCCGUUCUUAUAUACUCUAUCCGCCCAACACUGAUUCCUACUAUUUACUUCGCUUUGCUCGCCACUCACCUUCCUUGGCAGGGACCGUGAAACUUUCAACCCUUGGAGUGGAAGUAUACACAAGAUGGCACCCGGCGUCUUAGAGUCCCCAGUUGCAGCAAUCGUCCCUGAUAAGGUUGGCUCGCUGCUCCAGCUGACCGACGAUUGGGAUGACACUAUUCGGUUCUAUCUCAACGGCACCAAGGUCACCCUCGAUUCGGUGAACCCCGAAUUUACCCUCUUGGAAUAUCUGAGGGGAAUAGGCUUGACUGGUACUAAACUAGGAUGCGCAGAGGGAGGCUGUGGUGCUUGCACAGUGGUGGUAUCGCACACGAACCCAACGACUAAGAAGCUCUAUCACGCAUCUGUCAACGCCUGCAUUGCCCCCCUGAUUAGUGUGGAUGGCAAACAUGUCAUCACGAUCGAGGGAAUUGGGAAUGUGAAGAAUCCCCAUGCGGUUCAGCAACGGUUAGCGGCGGGCAACGGAAGCCAGUGUGGCUUUUGCACUCCAGGAAUUGCAAUGAGUCUCUACGCCCUACUACGAAACACUCCCGAGCCCUCUGAACACGCAGUCGAAGAAGCUUUUGAUGGAAACUUGUGCCGUUGCACAGGCUAUAGACCAAUUUUGGAUGCUGCCCAGAGCUUCAAGGCCAAAUCCAAUGGAUGUGGAAAAUCGACCGCUAACGGAGGAGGUGGCUGUUGUAUGGAGAAGCAAAAUAGCGCGGGAGGUUGCUGCAAGGGCUCAUCGGAAACCACGGUCACUGACCCCAAUGCUCCCAAGUUCACGCCUCCCGAGUUCAUCAAGUACAACCCCGAAACUGAAUUGAUUUUCCCGCCCAUGCUCCGAAAGCACGAAUUCCGGCCGCUGGUAUUUGGCAACAAGAGAAAAAGAUGGUAUCGGCCGGUCACUCUGCAGCAGCUCCUGGAGAUUAAGCAUGUGCACCCAGACGCAAAGAUCAUUGGCGGCAGUACCGAGACGCAAAUUGAGAUAAAAUUCAAGGCAAUGCAAUAUCGGGCGUCUGUUUACGUCGGUGAUAUCCAAGAAUUGCGCCAGUACUCGCUGCAUGAUGACCACUUGGAAAUCGGUGCCAAUGUCUCUCUUACCGAUUUGGAGACGAUUUGUGAUCAAGCCCUGGAGCGGUUUGGAGUCGUGCGAGGCCAGAACUUCACGGCAAUCAAGAAGCAGCUUCGUUACUUUGCAGGAAGACAAAUCAGGAAUGUGGCUUCCCCAGCCGGCAACCUGGCCACCGCCUCCCCUAUCUCUGAUCUGAACCCGGUGUUCGUGGCUACAAACACCGUCCUUGUGGCCAAGACACUCGGUGAAGAAAUCGAAAUUCCUAUGAGCCAGUUUUUCAAAGGGUAUAGAACCACUGCGCUUCCUCCCAACGCCAUCAUUGCGAGCUUGCGCAUCCCGACAGCGGCUGGGAGUGGCGAAUACAUGCGGGCAUACAAACAAUCAAAGCGGAAAGAUGAUGAUAUUGCCAUAGUCAACGCAGCCUUGCGCGUGUCGCUUUCCUCAGCCAACGAUGUGAAGAGCGUGAAUCUCGUUUUCGGUGGCCUUGCUCCGAUGACAGUCUCCGCGCGGAACGCAGAGACUUUCCUAGUCGGUAAAAAGUUUACAAAUCCUGCGACGCUCGAAGGAACAAUGGUAGCCUUGGAGAAAGAUUUUGAUCUGAAAUUUGGUGUUCCCGGAGGCAUGGCGACGUAUCGCAAAUCCCUUGCUCUUGGGUUCUUUUACCGAUUCUAUCACGAUGCUUUGGCCAGCAUGGAAGUCAAGGACACGGAUAUUGACCAUGAUGUUAUUGCUGAAAUUGAAAGGGCGAUCUCUUCAGGAGAGAAAGAUAACGAAGCGUCAGCAGCGUACCAGCAGCGAAUCCUGGGAACGGCUGGCCCGCACGUCUCGGCUCUGAAGCAGUCCACUGGAGAAGCCCAGUACACCGAUGACAUCCCCGUACAGCAGAACGAAAAGUUUGGCUGUAUGGUUCUUUCGACCAAGGCGCACGCCAAAAUACUUAGCGUUGAUCCCACAGCGGCUCUCGAGAUUCCUGGAGUCUAUGAUUAUGUUGAUCAUAGUGACCUUCCAAACCCACAGGCCAAUUGGUGGGGUGCUCCUAAUCCCGAUGAGCAGUUCUUCGCGGUCGAUAAGGUGACGACGGCCGGUCAGCCCAUCGGCAUGGUCCUUGCAAAUUCGGCAAAAAUUGCGGAGGAGGCCUCGAGAGCUGUCAAGGUCGAAUACCAAGAGUUGCCAGCGAUACUCACCAUGGAAGAAGCUAUCGAGGCCCAGUCAUUUUUCGAACAUUCCCGUUUCAUAAAACGAGGUGACACGGAACUCGGUUUCAAGAAGGCUGACCACAUUUUUACCGGUGUAUCCCGUAUUGGUGGCCAGGAGCAUUUCUACCUGGAAACCCAGGCCUGCGUUGCCAUUCCAAAGCCCGAGGAUGGAGAGAUGGAGAUCUGGAGUGGCACGCAAAAUCCCACUGAAACCCAGACAUAUGUUGCGCAAGUCACCGGCGUGGCACAGAAUAAGAUUGUAUCUCGCGUGAAGCGUCUCGGUGGAGGAUUCGGUGGCAAGGAGACACGAUCCGUUCAGUUGGCAGGUAUUUGCGCGACUGCAGCAGCGAAAACAAGAUACCCGGUUCGAUGUAUGCUCAAUCGCGACGAGGACAUUGCCACCUCGGGGCAACGCCAUCCGUUCCUUUGUCACUGGAAAGUGGGGGUGACUAAAGAAGGCAAAAUUCUUGCCCUGGAUGCGGAUGUGUAUGCCAAUGGCGGUCACACUCAGGAUCUCUCGGGUGCAGUCGUGGAACGGAGCUUGUCUCACAUUGACGGAGUUUAUAAUAUCCCUCACGUCCAUGUCCGCGGCCGUAUCUGCAAAACAAAUACGGUCUCUAAUACCGCAUUCCGCGGAUUCGGUGGCCCCCAAGGGUUGUUCUUCGCCGAGUGCUAUGUUACCGAAAUCGCGGACCAUCUCAAUAUUCCAGUUGAGAAGGUUCGCAUGGACAACAUGUAUCGACCUGGCGAUAAGACCCACUUCAAUCAGGAGUUGAAGGAUUGGCACGUUCCGCUGAUGUAUAAACAAGUUCUGGAAGAGAGCUCAUAUGCAGAACGACGCAAGGCCGUUGAGGAAUACAACAGGAAACACAAAUGGUCCAAGCGUGGAAUGGCGAUUGUCCCUACUAAGUUUGGGAUUUCCUUCACGGCCUUGUUCCUGAAUCAAGCUGGAGCCUUAGUCCACAUCUAUCAUGAUGGAAGCGUUCUAGUUGCCCAUGGAGGAGUUGAAAUGGGCCAAGGGCUGCACACGAAGAUGACGAUGAUUGCGGCUGAAGCCUUAGGUGUCCCUCAGUCCGACGUGUUCAUUUCUGAGACUGCUACAAAUACCGUCGCCAACACAUCUGCCACUGCUGCCUCUGCCAGCUCUGACCUCAAUGGUUAUGCCAUUUUCAACGCGUGCGAGCAAAUCAACGAGCGUCUCAAGCCAUAUCGGGAGAAGAUGCCUGGCGCCUCUCUAAAGGAUUUGGCACAUGCGGCAUACUUCGACCGCGUGAAUCUUUCGGCUCAGGGAUACUACCGCACGCCUGAUAUCGGCUAUGUCUGGGGGGAGAACAAGGGUCAGAUGUUCUUCUACUUCACCCAGGGUGUCACAGCCGCUGAGGUUGAGAUUGACACCUUAACUGGAGACUGGACUCCCUUGAGAGCUGACAUCAAGAUGGACGUGGGGCGCACUAUUAACCCCUCCAUAGAUUAUGGGCAGAUCGAGGGAGCAUAUGUCCAAGGACAAGGGCUCUUCACCACGGAAGAAAGUCUCUGGCAUCGGGCCUCAGGCCAGGUAUUCACCAAGGGCCCUGGAAACUACAAGAUCCCGGGCUUCCGUGAUAUCCCCCAGAUCUUCAACGUCAGUCUACUGAAAGACGUCGAGUGGGAGAACCUCCGGACGAUCCAACGUUCUCGCGGCGUCGGUGAACCUCCCCUUUUUAUGGGUAGUGCCGCGUUCUUCGCCAUCCGGGAUGCUCUGAAAGCCGCGCGGAAACAGUGGAAUGUCCACGACGUCCUCAGUCUGCAGAGCCCGGCAACGCCCGAGCGGAUCCGAGUCAGCUGCGCGGAUCCCAUCAUCGAAAGGGCCCGAGUGCAGCCCCAGGAAGGAGAAAAGAGCUUCUUCGUGGAAAUAUAAUCCUACUGUGAGCAUGUCCUUUGGUUGUGAUUGUUUUGUACAAGUUUGUCGGUAUACCUACGCUUCCCACUGUCAUGAGUUACGAACCUGUUUGCUGCAUAGACCGCCGCCCAGCGACUUUUUGCGACUGUGACUGCCUGUAUUACUUUUCUUGCAAUAUCUUUCUUGGUUGUAUUCUCGGGUAUUCACUCGCAUAUGGAGACAGUCCGAACUUG